UAACGUCAUUCUUGCUUUCAUGCCUGUAUAGGACCGCUUGUGCCCACGCAAACAGCACAACACCAACACCAACACCAACAGCACCAUCACCAUCACCAUCACAAUACAAUGCCUGAACGGAAGAAUCCACCACCACCAAACGAGUCCGUCACGUACAGUUCGGGUGCUGGGAAUAGCGGACCUCCAGACCUCCGGAUUCUCCAUUAUAAUGACGUCUAUCACGUUGACUCGUCCUCGAGCGAGCCAGUUGGCGGUGUUGCGAGAUUCAUGAGUCUGACAGAGCAUUACCGCAAAGGACCGCAGUUCGAGGGCCAACCCGAUCUCCUUACCUUCUUUUCCGGCGAUGCCUUCAAUCCCAGUCCAGAGAGCUCGGUAACGAAAGGCGAUCAUAUGAUUUCAUUGUUGAACAAUGCGGGAACAGAUGCAGCGGCUUUAGGGAAUCAUGAUCUCGACUUUGGUGUCCGCAAGUUCAGGCAUCUAGUUUCAAAAUGCAACUUUCCGUGGCUCAUUGCGAAUGUAUUAGAUCCAGCCUUAGGUGAAGAUGUCCCAAUUGGCAAUUGUAGAAAGACACUCAUGAUCACAUCAUCGAAUGGCGUCAAGAUUGGGCUUAUCGGCCUCGGUGAAAGGGAGUGGCUGGCCACCAUUAACAGCUUACCGCCCGACCUCAUCUACAAAUCAGCGAGCCAGACGGCGAAAGAACUUGUCCCGCAGCUACGUGCAGAGGGAGCAGAAAUAGUUAUCGCCUUGACGCAUAUGCGCGAGCCCAACGACAACAAGUUAGCCGAGCAAACCGAUGGUAUAAUCGAUAUCAUCCUGGGCGGCCACGACCACUACUACAACCAUAGCUUUAUCAAAGGGACUCAUGUGUUACGAUCCGGCACCGACUUCAAACAGCUGAGUUACAUCGAAGCAAGGCGGAAAUCCGAUGGCUCAGGGCGGUGGGACAUCGACAUAACCCGCAGAGACGUCACCUCGGAAAUCCCACAACAUGGUCCUACACUAGAGAUAGUUGAGGCGUCAACAGCCAAUAUCAAAAAGAAGCUUCAAAAGCCCGUCGGCUACACAGCUGCGCCCUUAGAUGCCCGCUUCCGCACCGUCCGGUUACAAGAAAGCAACAUCGCUAACUUUGUCUGCGAUAUCAUGCUGCACUAUUACUCGGGGGAUUGCAGCUUGAUGGCAUCCGGCACCAUUCGAGGCGACCAGGUCUAUCCACCAGGCCCCAUCUUACUGAAAGACAUCAUGAGCUGCUUCCCAUUUGAGGAUCCAGUGGUGGUCAUCCGAGUCCUCGGGAAAGCAAUCUGGGACGCUCUCGAGAAUGGCGUAUCCCAAUAUCCUGCGCUCGAGGGCCGGUUCCCGCAGGUAUCCAACAUCAAGUUCUCAUUCGACGCAACGAAGCCCUCCGGCUCGCGUAUAGUCUCAGCCUCUAUCGGCGGCGAGCCAAUUGACAUGGGGAAGAAAUACGUCCUCGUCACACGCGGCUACAUGGCGCGCGGCAAGGACGGGUACGACAGUCUACUCGUGGAGCCCGAGGGCGGGGUAGCCGAGGAGAUAGUCUCUGAAGAAAACGGCAUCCUAAUUUCGAUGAUGCUCCGACAGUAUUUCAUGUCUCUCAAGGUUGUGGGCCAAUGGAAGCACUGGGGCGCGAGCAUGGGGCGGCACUGGAGCAGCGUGACGAGCAAAGUAGGCGCGAACCACCCGCACUACACAGCCUCACCCUCCUCUCCCACAAACACCAAACCCACACCUGCUGUUUCCAAAAACGGGGGCUGGGAAGAAUGGAAGCCCGAGAGGAUCCGCGAACGCCGCGCAAGCCUCACACACCCGAUCGACGAGUCAGACAGCGAGGACGAGGAUAACGACGAGCAGCGUAGGGAGAACACCAUCGAGGAUCUCGACGCCGAGAUGCAGACCAUGCGGCGCGUCUUCAGCAAGUGGGCGCGCCUCGCAGGCGUUGAGUGCAAGCCCGGCGACGAGCUGCGCGCCGACGAGUUCGAGGUCGACUGGACACGGGCCAUUGCGCCACGGAUCGAGGGACGGAUCGUGCGCGUGGACAAAUAACUUCCUAAAGCGAGA